AGGCCUUGCAGUAACACCCCCCGCAGCAGCGCCGUGUUUGAGUGCAGCUGUCCGAUAUAAAGCGCAACAACUGACUGGCCGCAAAAGAACAAGCCAUCGAAGACGAUCCGUGGUCGCCAAUAUGCCCAUAACUCUGUACAACUUGCCUGGCAGCCCGCCCUGCGGCUUUGUGCGCUGCGUUGGCAAGCAUAUUGGUGUCGAUCUCAACCUCAAGAAUUUGAACUUAGCAAACAAGGAGCACCUCAGUGAGGAAUAUCUCAAGGUCAACCCUUUCCACAAGGUUCCUGCCAUUGAUGACGAAGGAUUUAUUGUUUACGAAAGCAUAGCAAUUGCCUACUACCUGGUGCGCAAGUAUGCCCCAAAGUCCGAUCUCUACCCUGAAGACAGCAAGUCAAAGGCUCGCAUAGACCAGACCCUGGCAGCACUUUCGGGCACUAUCCAUCCUCAGGCAUCAGUAUUCUUCGUAACGACCUCGUUUUACUUAAAGACAAAGCCAACUGCCGAAGAAGUCACUGCCUACGAAGAAAACGUUGUCAAGGGUAUCCAGCAUCUUAUCGGGGAUGGCAAGUAUGCGGUCGGCGACAAGCUCACUCUCGCUGACCUCGCCAUCGUGUCGCACCUAACCCUCGCGCUCGAGAUCGACUGCAUCGACCACGCCAAGUUCCCGAAGCUGGCUAGCUACUAUGAACGCAUGGAAUCGGAGCUCCCUUACUUCGAGGAGAUUUACAGGCCUACCAUUGGCUUCGUCAAGCAGCACUGGGCUUCUCUGCAAUGAGUGUGCCCUAAGCACCUUAUCCUGUGUCGGGGAAAACCGAGAAAAUUCUUCUUCUGAACACAAUGCUCACAUAGACGCCAGCAUGGCUUGAACGCUUCAAUCAGCCUUGAUAUUUUUUUUUUUUGAUGGUGUGCCAAGGCUAUUUUUUUAAAUGGUUUAUUUUGCUAAAAGUUACGUUAUAGAGAGGAGUUCUUGGGGUUUCUCACUAGACAAUAAUAAAUUGUUGUUAUACUGUUUCUCUUAAAAGAAUGUAAAGAAUUAUGCCAUGUAUUAUCAGAAUUUGGCACAGUGGGCACAUAUAGAUCUUUUAUUUAAAAUCACAUGAACACCUGAUAUUUUCUGACGUGCAGCUUGAGCCAUACAAAUACUUUGAGC